AUGCCUGUCUAUCUGCCUGCCUGUCUGUCUGUCCACAGGAGUGGAAUGAUCGAUUGGGCUUGCGAUGAAGGAAUUGUCAUCCCGAGGCUGGCGGCGGGAUGGGCCGGCCGUGACUGCCCUUCAUCAUUCCAAGGUUGUUAUUAUGAUUCCAAGGUUAUUAUCAAGACCUCACCAUCACGUGUUCGACUUCGGAGCUCAAUGCGAUGCCUCGUUGAUGGGAAAUACUGUAUAUAUGACACGGGCGCGGAAAGCCCCACUGAGGAGCAGUAUGGAGGUGUAGCUCAUGGAACAUGUCUUGGUAUCACUACAACAUCUCAGCCGGGGGAGACUUUCCCACACAGGCAGGCAUAUCGACGGAGGAGGAAGCUCCCUGUAACUCUCGCUCGUGGAAGUCUUUGCGCACCUAUCACCUCUGGUCAUUUCGAUACGCAUGAUUCGCUAUGUCGGAACGGUCACGGCGUACGAUGCGGGGACGAGGCUAUGGUGUGUGUGUAG